GUGGGUGAGCCCCACGCCGCCGCGUCCUGACGGGCACGCGGGCAGGGGCGCGUCGCCGGCGGCCACUCGCCGCUCCCGGCGGUUUCUUCUCUUGGCGCUGCCUUGUGCUGGUGGUCGUGGGAGAGGGGUCGCCCCCGGCGUGUCCGGCCGCUGAAAGGUCGCUUUUGAGAACCUGCUUGACCCACUAUGGCUUUGAUUGGCCGGAAAAGUUUCCAGUUUUAUUCAUCCAGCACACCAGCAAGGAGGUCCAUUUUGAUGACCCUCAGCAAAAGGUUGAGCUUUAUCAGUGGGCAGCGCAAGCCCCAAAACUGCAGCUCCGUAGCCAUGAGGAUGCUGUGUUUCAAAGAUAAAGCUCAGUAUAUGUUUUGUAGAAAAAACCAUGUACAGCUGCGGAUACAGUCUCUUUCUGUUAAUGAAACUGUGUAUCUCGGUGGAGGUACUGAGAGCGUUACUACAUCUAAUAACGCGUGGAUGGAUGAACAACUGUUUUUCAAGAAGCUGAACAGCCUUUGUACAUCAAAAGAGAUUUUUGACUUUCUUAGCUCUCUGGAAGUCAUGUCUGAUACUAUGGCAUCAGGAGCCCUGCAGAGGAUUUCCGAAGUUGAGGUGGAUGACAAUGGUCUGAAAAACCCUGAAGGAGUGUUAGAGAAUGACGUUUUCAGGGCAUUAUGCUUUCAGUUUGAAUUUGAGUCCUCAAAGCUGUCAAACACUGGGCUGCUGAAUGCAUUGCAAGCUUUGGUAAAACUACGUAUCGAUCCCCGGAGUACUCUGAUGGCAAGCUUGCUUUCAGAGGCUGAGGAACGUCUUGGUAAAGGACAGUUGUCUCUUAAAAAUCUGUGUGCUUUUGGGGAGAGUUUGCUUGAGUUGGAAGGCCCAAGUUGUCCGGUGCUGGAACAAAUUGUGAACCACAUGCAAGAAAAAGACAUUGAGAAGUGGAGUCCUAGGGAAAUGGUGAUGGUUUAUAAGACGCUGCAGGUGACUGUCAGGGAAGGGGAGCAAUACCAGGCCUUGCUAAACAGACUGAACAGUGUCACUUUAACCAUAGUUUCCCAGCUAAGCCCAAAGUUCACAAGCAUAAUACUGAAUUCACUGGUUGUUCUUCAUCAGACCCAGGCAGUUCCUUUAGUCACAGCGCUGUGUAAACAUUCCGUGAAGCAUAUUCCGUAUUUCACUGGUGAUGAACUGGUAAACGUACUGGAAGCCUUCCUGUACUUUGGCCAUCGUGAACAGAUUUUUACAGAGGCACUGGAAACACACAUUCCUAAGUCCAUCUGUACUAUGCAUCCCCAGACAGUCAGCAAAAUCAUGCACUAUUGCUGCCAAAAGAUGAUCCUUUCUAAGCCCAUCUUUGAUGCGGCGGCAGAAGGUUUCAUUUCUGAUGCUGACAGAUUUACCACUGACCAGAUUGCUGGGUAUAUUAUACCAUUUGGGACUCUCAACUAUCUGCCUCCAAGUGCUCCUUCCUUGUUUAGGAAGCUUGAGAUGGUGCUGCAUGCUCGCUUUCGUCACUUUCAGCCUCACACCUUGCUGAACCUGCUACACUCCUGUGUCCUUAUUCAACGUUAUCCAGUAAAUUUUCUGCCAAAAAUAUUUAGUCCCUAUUUUCUGCAACAGCUUCACGCUCAGCCACCUGGUUUGGACACAACUGUUACCUCCCAGCUAACCCAGCUUUUUCUGACUGUUACCCUGGAGUGCCCAUUUUAUGAGGGUCCCAAACUCCAUCCAAAGUAUCAGGUAAAGGCCUUUUGCAUGCCUCGCAGUUCUCUGGAUGUUCAUCUCCUCAAAAGGGUGAAGACCGGAUUACUUUAUUUACUGAAAAAAAGAAUAUAUUUUGCAUCAAAGGUAUCAACACCGUAUUUCUAUACAGUUGAUAUUGAGAUUAAAUUAGAUGAGGAAGGUUUUGUUUUGCCUGCUGCCCAGUGUGAAGAGGUACACAGACGAAUUGCCCUCUGUGUUGAUGGUCAAAAUAGAUUUUGUGUUAAUAGCCACAACCUGUUGGGAGAAGAAGCUAUUAAACAGAGACAUCUUCAGUUACUUGGUUAUGAAGUUGUGCAGGUAAGGUCCAAAGACUGUAAUUUGCUUUUGCUCUGUCUAAUAAAAGAAGUGAAAAAUUACUAUUAUAUAAUGCAUAAAACUAUAGCUGUGAUUACUUCCCAAGGCAGAUGUAAUCUUGACCUUUCUAUGUUAUGUUCUCGCUGCCUAGCUUUCCCAUUUUUUGUGAGAGUGUUACAGAAAUUUCUUCUUCUUCUUUGGAUUAAUUAUUGUAUUCUGUCUGUGUUUUAUGCCAAAUAGCAGCUGCUUGAAAGAGUACUUCCCUACAGUGGUUAAGGGUCAAAUCUUAACUUAAAGGAAAACGUUCUCUAAGAGUUCAGUAGAAUUGGGAUUUUUAAUUAAAUAUUUUUUGAAAAAUGUCUGAAUUUGGAGUUUUAAAAAAAAGAAGUUGAAAAGGGAACUGGUUUGUAUUGUGAAUAAUAUUUUCACAACAGGGUAUAUCCUUUAUUUUGCCUGUUGAAUGAACAGGGUUAUUUUUAUCUUUAAAGAUACUUUUGACUAAAACAGUUACUUUUAGAUUUUUGAGAUUUUCUUUUCAAUUUCUAAUUACUGAUCAUAUAAGCCUAACUCUGUUAUAUUUAACUUAGUUUAAACUGUAAUGGGUAUCACUCUUUGUUUUACAAUAAUCUCUAUGCAGGUGAUUUACAGAUCAGUAAUAAUUUUAGGAUUAAAUGUUUAAUUUUAAAACAGACAGAUAUUUGGUGUGUAAUUUUACAUCUGCUUAAUGAACAUCAGUCUUACCCAGCUGUUUAUUAAAAGAUAUUUCCAGCAGUCAUUUUUGUU